AUGACUUGGCUCCGCUCGCCGUCAGCUGUUUGUUUUUGUUUGGUGUUUGCAGGUAUAUACGGGCCGGAUGAAGGGUGGGCCGGAGCAUACCCAGAAUGCAGAGAGAGGAACCAGUCGCCAAUCAACAUCGUGGAUCAGGAGGCGAAAGUGUCCAUAGAGUACCAGGAGCUGACACUAGAGGGCUUCAGCGCUGAGUCAUCCAACAAGACGUCCAUGAAGAACACUGGGAAAACAGUGGCCAUUAUGCUGAAGGAUGAUUACUUUGUGCGAGGAGCAGGACUGCCAGGCAGGUUUAAGGCUGAAAAGGUGGAAUUUCACUGGGGCCCAAGCAAUGGUUCAGAGGGAUCAGAACACAGCAUCAAUGGACAUCGGUUCCCUGUGGAGAUGCAGAUUUACAUGUACAACUCAGACGACUUCGACAGCCUCAGUGCAGCGCUCAGGGAAAAGAGGAUCAUCGCUGCCAUGGCCGUGUUUUUUCAGGUUGGAGCCAAAGAUAACCCGGCUGUGGAACCCAUCAUCCAUGGACUGAAGGGAGUGGUGCAUCAUGAAAAAGAGACCUUCUUGGAACCAUUUGUGCUUAAGGAUCUCCUGCCCUCCUCCCUGGGGAGUUACUACCGCUACACUGGCUCUCUGACCACACCGCCCUGCAGCAAGGUGGUGGAGUGGAUCGUAUUCAGUCGUCCCAUCUAUGUCUCCUACAAACAGUUGGAAGCGUUCUACUCGAUUUUCACCACGGAGCAGCAGGACCAUGUGAAGAGUGUGGAGUACCUGCGCAGUAACUUCAGGCCCAUUCAGAGUCUGGACAGCCGUAUGGUGUACAAGUCUGCUGUGAAGGAUGCAUGGCUACCUGAACUGACUGACAACAGCGGGCCCCUGGGAACUGAGGCCUCCAAAGUGUGCAGCAGCGCCCCCUACAACAUGAAGGUGCAGCAUGUGAAUGGCAGUGCCCUGGUCGUGCGCUGGGCCCACCCGGAGAUCACCUACCAUCCGCCCAUCCUGCACUUCCUGGUUUCCUACAGCUGGACCGCCCACGACGACAGCUACGAGGAGACGCACCUCACCGACGCUAGACACAAACUGGAGGCCAUCAUCUCCCCUGUGUCUCCGGAUGUGCUGUACCUCUUCAGAGUACAGGCUGUGUGUAUGAAUGACAUGCGCAGUGACUUCAGCCAGAGCAUGCUGUUCAGAGCGAACACUACCAGGAUCUUUGAGGGCACCAGGAUUGUGAAGACUGGAAUGCCGACAGUGUCUCCCGCCUCCUCGGCCGACAUGGCUCCCAUCUCCUCGGGCUCCUCCACCUGGACCUCCUCUGGAAUCCCCUUCUCCUUCGUCUCCAUGGCGACAGGCAUCGGCCCCUCCUCCAGUGGGAGUCAAGCCACCGUGGCGUCCGUCCUGACCAGUACCCUCCUGGCUGGCCUGGGCUUCAGCGGUGGGGUCAUUUCCUCUUUUCCUAGCUCCAUUUGGCCCUCCACACCAGCACAGAGAACCAAAGAUACGACUGUAGAAGAGAGGGAGGAGGCCAGAGAGGAGGGUGAGGAAGAGCGAGAGGAAGAGGAGGAGAGGAGGAAGAAAAGAAAAUCAAAAGAAGGAAACAAAACAGAUGACUCCACAGACGGAGAACAAGCAGAGACUGAAGAAGAGUACACAGAAGAGGACACAGACUGCCAAAGAAACUGUAUGCACACUGAAGCUGCCAGUGAAAUGACCGUUCUAUGCAGGCCAAGAGGGUCAGAUAUUUACCUGGACCUGGAUGUGACCCAUGUGGACUGGCCCCUACCCCUCCUGACUUUCUCCGCUCUCACCUCUGCUUGUACUGUACUGCUGCUGACUGCUCUUGGCUACUGCAGGAUGAAUGCGCUCUGCUCCCUUCUCUGUGUCAAGUACAGACGCUGUUUCCAGGCUCACCACUUGUACGUGGAGGACCGCACCUCAGCUAGAACUCUGCCUAGCGACAGUUCAUCUGCAGUCACUAUACCAGAUGACACAGAGGCAGUCUCCGUCCAGGACUUCAUCAAGCACGUGUCACAACUCCAUUCCAGUAAGCAACAUGGAUUCUCCGAAGAGUUUGAGGAGAUCCAGCGCUGUGCCGCAGACACCAGGACCACAUGGGAGCACUCCAACCACGCUGAGAACAAGCACAAGAACAGAUACAUCAACAUAGUGGCCUAUGAUCACACCAGAGUGAAGUUGAAGCCACUAACAGGGAAAGAGUCCAGGCAUAAUGACUACAUCAACGCCAACUAUGUGGAUGGCUAUAAUAAACGCCAAGCAUACAUCGCCACCCAGGGACCUCUCAAGUCCACUUACGAAGACUUCUGGAGAAUGGUGUGGGAACAAAACACUGGCGUCAUUGUGAUGAUUACCAACUUAGUGGAGAAGGGCCGGAGGAAGUGUGGGCAGUACUGGCCCUCAGAGAACAGUGAAGAGUACGGCAGCAUCGUGGUGACACUGAAGAGCACUCAGGUCUAUGCCUGCUACACCGUACGCUGCUUCACACUGCGCAAUACCAGGGUCAAGAAGGGUACCAGAGGAUCAUCUAAAGCCCGUGCACACGGAGAGCGCACAGUGCUUCAGUAUCACUACACCCAGUGGCCUGACAUGGGGGUCCCCGAGUACACCCUCCCAGUGCUCACGUUUGUCCAUCGCUCGUCAGCUGCACAGACACCGGACAUGGGGCCUAUGGUGGUCCACUGCAGCGCUGGAGUGGGGCGCACUGGGACGUACAUCACCAUUGACAGUAUGUUGCAGCAGAUCAGACACAAGAGCACAGUCAACGUGUGUGGCUUCCUCAAGCACAUACGCACACAGAGAAACUACCUAGUCCAGACGGAGGAGCAGUACAUCUUUAUCCACGAUGCCUUGAUGGAAGCCAUUUUGGGGAAAGACACUGAGGUGGCUGCCAACCAUCUCCACAGCUACCUGCAAAACAUCACCAGAGCCGACCACAGCGGCUGCUCCAGACUAGACUCACAGUUCAAGCUCGUAACACAAUGCAACGUCAGAUCUACAGACUGCUUGAGUUCUCAAAAAGAGUGCAACAAAGAGAAGAACCGAAAUUCCUCCAUAGUUCCAACGGAGAGAGCCAGGGUCGGACUUGCACCUUUGCCCGGGUUGAAAGACACAGACUACAUCAAUGCCUCUUAUAUUAUGGGUUACUAUCGCAGUAAUGAGUUCAUCAUUACCCAGCAUCCCCUCCCACACACCACUAAAGACUUCUGGAGAAUGAUCUGGGACCAUAAUGCACAAAUUAUUGUUAUGCUGCCUGCAGAUAAUAGCCUGGCUGAGGAUGAGUUUGUGUACUGGCCCAGUCGAGAAGAGUCCAUCAACUGUGAGGCGUUUACUGUCACUCUGAUCAGUGAGGAACAACUCUGUCUGUCCAAUGAGGAGCAACUCAGCAUCCACCAUUUUAUUCUGGAAGCCACACAAGAUGACUAUGUUUUAGAAGUGCGACAUUUUCAGUGCCCCAGGUGGCCCAACCCUGACGCCCCGCUCAGCUGCACCUUUGAACUGAUCAACGUGAUCAAAGAGGAGUCAGCCAACAGAGAGGGGCCCACCAUCGUGCACGACGAGCUGGGCGCGCUGUCUGCAGGGCUGCUCUGUGCUCUCACCACUCUGUCUCAGCAGCUGGAGUGUGAAGGCCUCGUAGAUGUUUAUCAAGUGGCCAAGAUGAUCAACCUCAUGAGGCCUGGAGUCUUCACUAAUGUUGAGCAGUACGAGUUCCUGUACAGAGCUGUGCUCAGCCUGGUCUCCAGUCAGGACGGUGCGGGGCCCACAGACAUUCGGGGAACACAGUCUGUCACAGACAAGGCCCAGAGUGUGUAGGCUCUGCUCCGACACAGGGUCCCACACAGGAGGGAACUCCCCCUCUACUAUUGUGGACAAGACUUUUUGAGGCCUUUUUGCCAGACUCUUGGUUAAAAUAACCUGAUUACUUUUUUACACUGAAAAGUUUUUGAUAUUUAUUUUUUUCGCCAUUUUAUGUCAAAAAGUUCUCCUACUGAAGAGUCAGCUCCUGCGCUUUUCAGUUCAAUGACAGUAGGCAACGAGAAACACUUUUGUCUGUUCUUGUUUGCACUAAAACGUCAGUGUUACUGCCUCUACUACAGUCUCUUGGAUCUCAUUCACUCCAGCUGGUUUAACAUUCCAUGGCCUUGGACUUUAAGUAACUGUUUCUGGAAACCCUUGCUCAUCCUGCCACCUGCUGGUGGAAAACGGUGUUGCCUGACAUCUCCAGAGUCACACAGCUCUCACACACUCCCUGGCCAUUUUAUUAGAGACACAUGUUUAUUGUCACUCAUAUCUAAUCAUCCUACAGAACAGGACCUCAAUGCCUUUAUACAUACAUAAGAACACCAAACUAAACCCUCACCACAGACUCACCUUUCCAGCCUAUAGCAGCACAGGGGAGCUUCCCUUUGUAGGAUAAUUAACCUGGAACAUGUUAAACCCUGUGCUGGCCUGACCUACCAUUCUGAAUGCAAGCAUGUGAUUGGCUGACCUGCCUUGAUGCACUGAAUCAUUCAUUAGCCAUACCAACUCUUCACUAUAAAAUCUACAUAAGACUGGAUAUGCAUCAUAUUGCUCCUGCCUCCUGUAAGUCCAUAAUAAAGUGCUCAUAUGUUGUCUCAAAUCAAGUGGCCAAUGAAUGUAUGUCAUUGUUCUAAGAGAGAGAUCACACUUUUACAUUCUGGUACUCAUCACUUAGUUCUUCUGUUAACACUUCUGCAUUUAGUCUCAUCCACAUUGGGAAAUCUUAGGUGGUGUAACAACUGCUACUGUGAAAUUCUUAUUUGUUUGUAUAAUUCAUAAUAUGCUUUUUAAUAUAUGGUGAUACUGUAUGUAUACAUAUAUAAAUAUAUCCUUAUCAUAAUAA